GUACCUACUCAAUGGAACUAGGAAGUCGUAACCAAAGUAUCGGAAAGCCACAUUUAUAUGCUCCUGCAGUGGCAGCAUGGUUCCAUUUUUAUCAGUUUUAUCACUUGUCACUAUGCCCGUCACUUUCGCACUUACAUACUUGUUACAACGUGGCAGGCAUGGUGACAAAUGAUAAAGAGCCGACCAUCUUAGCCCUACUGGCCCGCGGUCUAAAAGGGAAAUGAAAUAUACAAACGCAAGUAAUUAGCUUGUUCUGCGUUUUCUUACCUUGUCCACAAGUGUAACAGAGCCUUAUAACACCAUCCACUCGCAUAUAUAGGCGAUGCCGCGCCGAAAGGCGCCAUUUUCAAACACACAAACAAAAUUCGGAACAUCAUGAUUAAGAUUACUUUCAACAUUUUAACUACUCUACUUUUAUAUUGUAAUGAGGUUUACUCCGCCCCAAAAGUGGAACCAACGACUGACAGCGGAGAUCCGACCAUCCAAUUUACUUGUAGCGCUAAAUUGGCGCCGGGAGAAAUGCUGGCUUGGUGGCAAACGAAACUUACAUGGACGGACCGCGACCUAAGAUACAGGAAGUUCUUCCCGCUGGUGAACGACACGGUGCACUUUAAAGUGCGCGCGGCCAAUGACGCUUACUUUGGUUUUCUGUCCGCACCCAGACUCGUGGCACCUUGGAUAGAUGUGGUUUUGGGAGGAUGGGCCAAGACAAAGAACUCCAUAACAUUGAACAGAUUUCAUCAAAUUUACGCUGAUGUCGACCAUAUUGUCAACGAUUGCGAAUUUCGCGGGUUCUGGGCACGCAAGGAUGGUGACCUCGUGUCGGCCGGGUUUGAGGGUGAGACCAGCCCCUUCAUAACGUGGAAGAGCACCGUAAAGUUUACUGCGAGCCACUUCAGCGUCGCCUCCGGCGGGGGCUCCACAGGCCACUGGAAGAUAGAAGGAUAUUCUUGGAUGGGUGAUGAUGAUAUAUUGCUAGAUAUGAUUCAAAACCCCAGUGAAGAACUUUUGAACCCAAUGGAACUCGUCCUAAACAGAACCCGAAGGAGCAUCGACAACGAUACGACGGUGUAUUGCGCCAAGCAUAGAAUGCUCGCUGAUGGAAAAUUGUCACGGGGAGCGGAGUCCAGAUGGACAAACUUGGCAAUUCAGACCGAGGUUAUACCGUCGGAGGAGCUGUACGUGAAGGUGGGGCCAGAGACUCGGAUAGAAUUCGAUGUGAACAGCUCGCAGAAGUUCACUUGCAGCGGCAGCGCGCCCGUAGACGGCAGGAUUUUGAGAUGGUUCAGAAAAGACCGCAGUUACCGGGACCCCAUAAGCCUUGAAAACCAAAAUUACGACCCGAUCACCAACACCAACGACUUAGAAUUAUCCCUGGACGAGUCUUAUGACUUAAACCAGUUGUUCUGUGCUCAAGGGUACCAAUAUUCUAUCCAACAUAAUGGUACGACGAUAAUUAAGAAUUACGGCGACAUAGUCAAGUCAGAGGACAUUACUCUUAUUAUGAAGAGAGAAAAUGUUAGAAUACCUAUAGAAGAUAAUAGAAACGUUACAGUUCCCGAGUGCUCGGUGGGACAACGCGUGUCCAUGUGGCCGGGGAUGGUGGUAGUUGCGGUGAUAUCGACCUUCUUGACGUGAUGACCAAACAGUUCGCAUGACAUGGCGACACUGGCGACACCUCGACUAUAACCGCAGUAUCAAUUUGUUUCAUUUUCUAUAAUUAUUAAAAUCAAAUUGAUAUUUA